AUGGAAGCAGACUAUCGCACUGUGAUGGACCUGUUAUACUUCUUGUUAACAUUAAUGGUUGUUUGGUUGAUGAGAUGCAGACUCAAAUCAACCUAUAUGAAAGAGUUGGACACAAUGUGGAUAUCCCUUUUGGUUGUGCCUUCUGAAAUUUUAGCAGUUCUAGUGAAUCCACGUACACCUCAUGUAUGGCUUGUUCGAGUUGUUUUCGCAUUCACUAUCUAUGUCGAACCUGUUUCAGUACUUCCACAAAUUCGUUACAUGCAAAAUGCAAAGAUGGUUGAACCAUUCACAGGAUAUUAUUUCUUUGCUCUGGAUAUUUCAAUAUUCUUUGCACUAGCUUAUUAG